CAUGGACAACAUAGUUAUCAUAAUUACCGGCCACAGGUAAAAACCACGCAGGUGUGUGUAAUGAGCGGGAGAUAGCGGACAUAUGGAUUGCAUAACUUGGAUAAUUUAACACCGAAAAUCGAGAAACAAACCUGCCAGUUAAAUAUGGGGAGCGCCAUUGUAUUGAUUGUGGUUCUGUCGAUGUAUACGUUGCAAUCAGCAAAAUGCGAUUGUACUGGAAAAGCAGACAUCAUUUUUGCGGUUCCAGGAAAUCUCGAUAUUCCCGGAGAGGAAUUUUUUCCAUUUGAGCGGUUUUUAGUGAUGUUAGUGGACCAUUUCGUUUUGAGAGCUGACAACAUAAAUGUCGGUCUUGUUCUUUAUGGAAACGAACCGAUUGCGGUAUCGUAUCCUCAACCAUUUAGAGACCAGGCGGCCACUAACGCCAGGAUAACGCUGAUGUCACAGCGAAGUUUAUACGUAAACAAAAUGUAUGGGAAAUCUGACGUCACAGGCGCCCUGACACUAAUGCGGCACAUGUUCCAAAACCCUGCUGGCUUCCCAUUGGUCAUGCCCAGACCUGGGGUUAAGAAAAUAGGAGUCCUAUUUACAUAUGGCCGUAUGGACGUUCAGGAAACACAAGCCGCUGUAAACGCGACGUACGGUAUUAAAAGUGAUAAUGUUACGAUGUAUGUGAUUGGUCGGGCUCCGAUUGGACCAGAGUUCCUGGAAUUCGGAUCGGAUCCAUGCAAACUCUUCUCCAUGGCGAGUUUCAUCGAUGGUCUUCCGAGUCUUCUUCCAUACUUAGGGAGCAGUAUUUGCACAGCAUUACAACCAUCCAUCAAUGUCACAGAACAGAACUGCUUUCCAAAGUUCUGGCAGCCUGACCCAAAUCCACCUGUGGUGUGCCCAACAUUGAACGCCAUGUUCCAGGAUCCCUAUAAUUGCGCCUACUACUACAAAUGUUUCCAGAACAUCCCAAUUAGGGAGGCGUGUCCGGACAACAUGCUGUUUGACAACAACAUAAAGACAUGUAACCUGAAGGAGUCAGUCGGGUGCUUCACUCAGGUGCAAUGUCCACAGCCUGUAGGUCUGUUUCGUCAUCCAUUUGACUGCACCAAGUUCGUAAACUGUUUCGACAACAUCCCGUAUAUCCAGAAAUGUAACGCUAUGUUGUAUUUCGAUGAGGACGAGAAGAGAUGUCGGGACAGAACAAUGGUGAAUUGUCCUGUCCACUAGAAGCUGAUCACGUGAUAAGUGAUGACCAUUCCAUGUCAAACAAGUCAUAUUUCGCCAGUGAAGAACAGUUGCUAGAAUGAAGGUUUCACGAGUAAGACUUACCAUGUAUACGUUGCUAUAUUAUUUUCGCUAUAUAUAUCAUAUGGUAAAUAUAGUAAAUGCCUGUUUAACAGUGUUGACGGACUGAUACACCUUGUUACAGAAUAUGGUUUGUUUAUCAGCAUAUCGUAUAUACCACGGUACAUGUACGAAUGUUUAUGUAUUCCAACAUAACUUGUAAGCUGAUAUAGUAUACAUAUAUAUAAUGGAGAUACAAUGUAAUGUUAUUUCUUUAAAGCUGAUAUAUAUUCUAUUUAGCUGGCUUAGGGGACCAAAACAUUUUCAAGCCUUGGUAUAACGUGUAGCCCUUAAAAUUAUUUAUUAUGAAAAGCUUCAUUUUAAGUUGAACAUUUUGUUCAAGGUAACACAAAACUGGCUUACCUUCAAAAUGCACAUCAGACAUUAUUUCGUAGAGAGUAUAUUUAUAAACCUAAGCACAGCCAAAUAUUUAGCUGCUGUUUACAACAGUAUAAAUGUAUAUUAUUUAAUGUUAUAGAUAUACAUGUAGAUAUAUCGAUAUAUAAUUACUUCACCAUCACUCCUCAUACCAGAUCCCUCUCCAGUUUGGUUACUUUAAAUCCUUAUCUAACAAAUGAUUGAAUUGCUGUAGUAAAACAAACAUAUCAAAGAUCCGGAUUCAUAUAGUCUUUGUCACUCGUUUCCCUUUUUUGUGUAUUUCAUCAAAUUAUCCUGCUUUUGUACCAAAAUAAGAAAUAAACAAUAAACGAUA